AAAUGCCUCGUUCAGAUUCAAAACACUGACUCGUUCACUGAAGGGCGUGUUUUUUCGCUAAGUUCAACCAAUGAUAAGCGCCUACAUCGCUCGUACUCGAAUACUAUUGGUCCGUACAACUGUCAGUCUUUACUGGGGAAAAAAAGGGUCAACGCGCUUUCAAAGGGAGGGACUCGUUAGCCGAAAAAUUUGAAGUGAAUCGUUCACUUUCAAGAUUCAUUCAAAAACACCGAUUCGUUCACAACAGAGACAACACCACAGGCUGUUUGUGUGAACUGAAGGCAGCCACAUGCGGCAGUGAGUGAGAAUGAGAAGCACCAAAACAUCAUCCAGCUCAUGUCAAAACGGAAUCAGCGACACAAAACACUGCUCAGUCAUGGCCUUUUAACAACAGUCCCAUCGAGCGCGCGGAGUCGCAGAGCAAUCGCCGUGUAUCUGGUGCCACUGCUGGGGGAAAAUCCGCUAAGUAGUCGGUUUAGCUCGUGACAGAACUGGCCGUUGUGCUGGGAGAUCUCCAUCCAUGGCUCUGGUAACCCUGCAGCGCUCGCCCACUCCCAGCGCGGCGUCCACUUCCAGCACCACCACCAACGCGGGGGAGGACUUUGGAAGUGAUGAUGAGCGCCGGCUAAAUCAGAGUCUAAGCGAGAGCUUCUUCAUGGUCAAGGGGGCCGCUCUGUUUCUGCAGCAGGGCAGCUGUCCACAGGGUCAGAGAGGUCAUCCUCACCACAAACAUGCAGGUGACUUACCUCAGCAUCUGCAGGUGAUGAUCAACAUUCUUCGCUCUGAAGAUCGCAUCAAACUGGCGGUGCGGUUAGAAAGCGUGUGGUCGGACCGCGUGCGGUACAUGGUGGUAGUCUACACAAAUGGCCGUCAAGACACUGAGGAAAACAUCUUGCUGGGCAUGGACUUCAGCAACAAAGACAGUAAGAACUGCUCUAUUGGGAUGGUGCUGCCACUGUGGAGCGAUGCCAAGAUUCAUCUAGAUGGUGAUGGAGGCUUCAGUGUGACUACGGCCGGGCGGAUGCACAUCUUCAAGCCGGUUUCAGUCCAGGCCAUGUGGUCAGCAUUGCAGAUUUUACACAAGGCAUGUGAGGUGUCACGAAGGUACAACUAUUUCCCUGGUGGCAUGGCGCUCACAUGGAUGGGGUACUAUGAGAGCUGUAUCAGCUCUGAACAGAGCUGCAUCAAUGAGUGGAACGCCAUGCAGGAUCUGGAAACACUGCGACCAGACUCUCCUGCCGUUUUCGUUGACAAACCAACAGAGAGGGAGAGAACAGAAUGUCUGAUCAAAGCCAAACUCAGGAGUAUCAUGAUGUACCAGGACCUUGAAAAUGUCACGUCCAAAGAGAUUCGUAAUGUGCUGGAGCAACAGAUGAACCGCAACCUGAAAGAGUACAAAGAGUUUAUUGACAAUGAGAUGCUGCUUAUUCUUGGGCAGAUGGACAAAGCCACGCUCAUCUUUGACCACCUCUAUCUGGGUUCUGAAUGGAAUGCUUCAAAUCUAGAGGAGCUUCAGGAAACUGGGGUGGGCUACAUCUUAAAUGUUACACGGGAAAUAGAUAACUUUUUCCCUGGAACAUUUUGCUACCACAACGUCCGAGUGUAUGACGAUGAGACCACAGACUUACUGGCCCACUGGAACGAUACUUACAACUUCAUUGUCAAAGCAAAAAUGAAUCAGUCCAAGUGCCUGGUUCACUGUAAGAUGGGCGUAAGCCGCUCGGCUUCUACAGUGAUAGCAUAUGCCAUGAAAGAGAACGGCUGGUCUCUGGAGAAAGCGUAUAACUUUGUCAAACAGAGACGGAGUAUCACCCGUCCCAAUCCCAGCUUCAUGAGACAGCUGGCAGAGUAUGAGGGCAUACUGGAUGCCAGUAAGCAACGUCAUAACCCACUGUGGCACCCUGAUUCAGAUUGUGAUCAUCCUGAUUGCCAGCAAGCUGCUGCCCCUUGCUGUGUGAACUCCGAGACUGCAGAUCAUGUCACCCCAGAGCCCACGACCCCCCGAGUCACUGUAUGCUGCGAGCCUACCGCCCACUCCUCUCCAAUUACCCUAGAUCUGGACCCAAGCCACCCGCAAAAUUACCACUAUUACUUCCGUCGCUUGUCAGACUCAGCCCUCGACAGCGACCCUUCCACACCAAUCCAUGCACCGCCUCUGGUGGACGUAGAUCGCGUCUACAUCGAGGUUGCAGAUGUGGAGCAAGAUGCGCUCCUCGACGAUGAAACCUUCGAGGGGCGCGAGGGUCUUCCUGUACCACACUUCAGUGCCCCAGGAGAGGGCACAGCCGCUCAGACCUGUUGUCGAGGGGCAGAGCCACUGGAGGAACUACGUCUGCGGCUGGAGUUCAGCACGGUGGAGGAGGAGGAUGAAGAGGAGGCUCAGAAAGAGCAAGCAGAAAUGGAGGCAUUAGCAGAGGGAGCGAAGAGAGGAGAUGGGAAUGAUAGUGAAGAGUUGUCACAUGAAAAGGGGAUUGAUCUCGCAAGCCUGAACCAUCUGUCCAACGAGAACUCCAACAACAACAACCACCUCAAAACGCAACAAAUUCUAACUGAAAGUGCCCAUCUGAAGCAGCAUCGUUCUGGUUCAUCGUUCACUUCCAAGCCCACCCAGAGUGCUCUGUUGGAGGCUAACAGACGAGGCCUUGUUCCUUUACCUCUCAACAGUGUGCCCAGUAUUCCAAUUCAGAUGCCACCCUGUGCCAACUUGUCCGUGACAGCCAAGUGUGGCAAACUUGCCUCAGAUCUGUGCCUUGAUGCCAAUGCAAUAUCCUUAGGGCAUAAUGAUAAGCCAGAAAGCAAAUCUCUUGACCAAGAAACUGAUAACCGGACAAUGUUGCUCAAAGCCAAAGGGGAAGGAGAUUCCAGGCAAAAAGAGAUUGAUGCACAGGGUUCCUCAGCUCUACUCAGGAACGAAAGAGAGAUAAAUCGUUUGGAAAAGGCAGAGGCGUCUUGUUCUGUGCAACAGCAAGAGACUCUGGUACAGCUGCAACGCUCUGGCCUCGUUCGCCGACGAAAAGAACGCUUGGAAAAACUUUCCGGUCUCUUUCAGGAGCGUGCACGUGCAAAUGAGCUAUGGGGAGCCAGUUCAAGCAAAACUGAGGAUGCAAUGAACAAUUCAAGUGAUUUAGCUGACCCUUUCCACAGGCCCAUUGGAGCACGGGCAGAUUUUGCUACUGAAGUGGCGGUGCCGCUGACAAAUGAGGCUUUGCUGGCUGUCCUCGGUUCAGGCGGCUUGACGCCAGUCUCGUCCCCGCACGGUUCCACGCUCACCCGCAGCUCCAGCAGCGACAGCCUACGCAGCGUCCGCGGCAAACCUGGCCUUGUGCGCCAACGUACGCAAGAAAUCGAAGCCCGAAUGAGACUCGCAGGACUUACUGUACCUUCCCGACUGAAACGCUCCAACUCGCUCGCCAAACUGGGCAGCCUAACCUUCUCAUCCGAGGACUUGUGCUCGGCAUGCUCCUCUGACGCCGGGACCCUUCUCAUGCACUCAUUGUCCCCAGAACCCGAGCGCUCGCUCAGCCCGGAAUGGGCCAAACCCUGGCCCUCUUCCUCCUCCUCGACCUCCACAAACAUGGAGGUCUUCAACCAAGGUGAAGCAGCACCUGAAGAGUCCAAGAGCUGACAGCAGGAUAUUUUAGCGCAACAGUACCUUCGGUUUCAGCUUCACUUGCAGCAAUAUUUAUAGUUUUUUUUUUUUUGUAAACAUUUCAGCCACUUGGGAACGUUGACCAUCCACGGAAGAGUGAACAUGAGUGGAAAAGUGUCUUCAACUAAAGAACUGCUUUCUGUUAUGAAUAUAAACAUAAUUUUCAAUAGGUAGAAUUCUGGACAGGCUUUCGUUGCAUGGAUCCCAAAUGGAUGUGUAUUGCACUGACUGACAAACAGUUUGUGAGGUUUUCACUGCUCUUCCUCUCUGCUGUUCUAAAGCGAAAUAAGCACUCGCCAUCCCAGAGGCUGUUACUUGAAAGCAUCAAAAUAGACCAUUGUGUAAUGUUUCCAUCAGCCCACCCAUUUAUCACACCAUAAAUCACUUACAGUAUUUGUGGCCCAAUAUGAGUCACAGAUUCCUUCGGACAUGGGUUGCUUCCUGGCUGGGCAGUAAAAGGAAAUGGACUCUUUGCAGUGAUUAGGAAAGUUCUUUGUGUACCGAUGGACUCUUUUAUCAUUCGCAGAGCACUGAUGAUUCACAUGCAGGUUUCAAACCAAUACCUCAUACCAGUACAGUUUGGGAGUCUUCUAUCUUUCUAAUACUUGAUGAAGAGGGUGAGGAAAGACAAUCAUUUCGAAGGAUAAAGAAAAUCAGAGGCGACCUCAAGCUGCUGUUCUCCUUCCACUGAAACAUUCAUACAUACACUGUCCAUGUUGCUGUCAAAAUAGCAGGAGGGUUUUUGGGAAGUGUUUGGAUCACCAUUACUGUAACGGUCUCUAAUAGCACAUACAUGUACUUGUUAGGAUUUUAUAUCAAAGGGAGCUCCUACAUUGUAGUUUCUCUAGCACCUCUUAGCUCCGUGUUUCCAAAUGCGAUACAAAUCAGUCAUUUACCCAGGUAUAGAAUGACGACUGUUAUUUUCAAGACUUGUUACCUUUGUUCCGGAGGCAGUGGCUUGUUUAGGCAGUUUGCUGAUUGCAACCAUGCUAUGGCUCUACUGUUCUAACUCAUAUCCUGUUUGUACUCCGCAAUGAAAUCAAUGGAAGGUAGAUUGGCUUUUGAAUCAAAUCUAUACAGAAGUAGAACUGAAGGAGAAUGCUCCGAAACAAGAUCAAACAACACUUACAAGUCAAAGAUGUGGCUUGGUUUGGACAACUGUUCAACUGUGAGUGUGUGUAUCUGUAAGAGAAACAAUAAGAAAUCAUAUUUCGGAUGUAUGAAACUGAAACAAAAUUUUUUUUUAUAACCAUUAACAUUUUAUACAUCGUUUUACUUGUUUUUAUUUUUAUUUUGUUUGUUUUCUUUCCUGUGAGCAAUUCCCAUUACUCUCAGUGAUGAGUCCCUUUAGAUUCUCACGAAUGAAGUGCAAUCGUUUUUAAACUGGCAUAAAAUAAAAGCCAUUACAAUGAUUUAUAAAUAUUUUUUAAUCUAAAUAAUAAAUUGCUAAUAUAUCAUUUUGCAACAUGGUAAAAAUAAGUUCUAUUAUUUGAAUGGAAAAUGAAUUUUAAAAAAUAGGAAUCAUUUUAUACAUUGAAGCAAAACGUAAUUUCUUAUUUUGGAUUUUAUAGAUUUUAUUUGAUAUUGGAGUUGAAAUUUGUCCCAGACAUGGUUCUUGACAGUGAGAUUCCCGUUUCUGUGUCUAAGUCUGAGCACACUUGCCAUAGCAAUUUAUCACAAAAGCUUUGAUAAAUGACAUUUGUUCAUG